GAGCCUGGGGUUCUGUUCUGGAGGAUAGGGGGUUGGAGGGCCGGAACGCCGCGGCGGAGGUCCGAGGUGGCGGUCUGAGGGGUGCGUCGGGGACUCAGGAAACAUCUCGGCCUAGGGGACGGAAUCCCCUUGGUGGAAUGGGGUCAUGGCAAUCUCGAGAGGGCACCCACUCGAGAGAGCAAGACGGGCCACCCCAGACGGGGGCAGGUUGGGACCCCGCACCAAGCGAGCUCGGGGAGUGUUGGGACCUUGGGCGGGGGGACCAGGGAGGGGCGAACCUCGCUGACCCCACGCGGGCACCGCAGCGCCCUGUGCGUCUGUGGGCCCUCAGGCACAGACUCACAAAAGGGAGACCCGCGGGCCGGACGGGCUUUUGGUUGCACCUCGUAUUUCUGAGCUGGGUUAGAAGUGAUUUUGCCCAGGGAUCCGAUGAGAAGAGUCUGGGCUUAAAAGAACAGCUCUGGAGUGAGUUUUCAAAUGUACAGGUUGCAUCCCCGUGUAGCCAUGACGACUGCCAUCCUGGAGCGUCUGAGCACCCUGUCCGUGAGUGGACAGCAUCUGCGCCGCCUGCCCAAGAUUUUGGAGGAUGGGCUGCCCAAGAUGCCCGGCACCGUCCUGGAGACCGACGUGCCCCAGCUCUUCCGGGAGCCCUACAUCCAUGCUGGGUACCGCCCCACUGGCCACGAGUGGCGUUACUACUUCUUCAGCCUCUUCCAGAAACACAACGAAGUGGUCAACGUCUGGACCCACUUGCUGGCGGCUCUGGCCGUCCUCUUGCGGUUCUGGGCCUUUGUGGAGGCCGAGGGCCUGCCGUGGACCUCUGCCCACACCCUGCCCCUGCUCCUCUACGUCCUGUCCUCCAUCACUUACCUCACCUUCAGCCUCCUGGCCCACCUGCUGCAGUCCAAGUCCGAGCUCUCCCACUACACCUUCUACUUUGUGGACUACGUGGGCGUGAGCGUUUACCAGUACGGCAGUGCCCUGGUCCACUUCUUCUACACCUCCGACCAGGCCUGGUACGAGCACUUCUGGCUUUUCUUCCUGCCCGCAGCCGCCUUCUGUGGCUGGCUAUCUUGCGCCGGCUGCUGCUACGCUAAGUACCGGUACCGCAGGCCUUACCCAGUCAUGAGGAAGAUCUGUCAGGUGGUGCCGGCGGGGCUGGCCUUCAUCCUGGACAUCAGCCCUGUGGCACAUCGCGUGGUUCUGUGCCACCUGUCUGGCUGCCAGGAGCAGGCGGUCUGGUACCACUCCCUGCAGAUUGUCUUCUUCCUGGUCAGUGCCUACUUCUUCUCCUGCCCGGUUCCGGAGAAGUACUUCCCGGGUUCCUGUGACAUCGUGGGCCACGGGCAUCAGAUCUUCCACGCCUUUCUGUCUGUCUGCACACUGUCCCAGCUGGAGGCCAUCCUCCUAGACUACAGGGGGCGACAGGAGAUCUUCCUGCAACGCCACAGCCCCCUGUCCAUCUACAUGGCCUGCCUCUCCUUCUUCUUCUUGGUCACCUGCAGUGCAGCCACUGCAGCCUUCUUGAGGCAAAAAAUCAAGGCCAGACUGACCAAGAAAGAUUCUUGAGGCCGGCAGGUGGGGUGCGGUGUGGAGCUGGCCUGAUAUGAUUUGGGGAAAACUUGAAUCAGCAGUAGGAGUUGACUUUUUGUUUUUUAGAGCAGGCUUUUAAAUGAGUACAUAUUUCCAAGGGUGGCUGUGGCUAUGGCCUUAGGAAGCCAAAGGGUCCAAGAGUUUUGCUGUUAUUGUUGUGAAUGAAAGUAUCCCUUUAUCCUCUGGGCUGUAGCCUUACGAGACACAGGAAGGGAAGGGACCUUGGCUAAGAUUCAUCGGACACUGAAUUAAGAACCAUCUUCAUGCCUGAAAAUUUAGUAGAAUUCCGACUGUGGCCGCCAGGGGCAAGGCCUGGUGUAAAGGGAUAAUCCAACUGGACUGGAGAAGUUAGGAGGUGGCUGGACCACACUGUAUUGAAAUGAGCAUUCUUCUGUGAUGCUGGUCUUUGGUAAUUGGGUACCUUGACCCAAGGACCCGAUUUCAUUUGGAUUUCAGAUCGUCCUGGUGGAGAAGUCAGAAUCUUCAAGAAGAUUCCGUAAAACCCUCAGACCUCGUGAAUUACUCGGUUCGUCUCACUUCCAGUCCCUUCUCUGGCCCACUCUCUCACCGACCCUUUUCUCAGGAUGAUGUCUGCCUGGCUGUUUUCUCCCAAGUGCUGUUCACUCCCAUCUGUACCUUGCAUGAUGAUGAGAGGACGAUGAAGCAGUCAUACUUCCAGGAAAUGCUUGGAUCCAUGUGGACAUUCAGGAAACUUACUGUCAUAUAAUACUAAUGGAAACGGUAGUAGAAAAUACAGUGCCAAGAGCCAUCAGGAGGUCCAGCCAGCAAGCAUGGAUACCGUUUGGUGUCAUGGGACCCUUCUGGUUUAUACCUGUGCAUUGCAGGAUUACUUGAGAUCUGUUAGGGCUGCCUUACAUGCCAGAAGAUCUGGAGCUUUCUCCAGAGCAUCUUCUCCAGAUUUUGACCAACAUGUUCAAAAAGCCCCUGGUAGAGUGAAUUGGUUCUGAGAGUCCCACUAGGGAUCUGAUUAUUUCAAGAGGAACUCAAGGUCCAGCCUCUUAAAUAGAUGCUGCCCCACGAAGGACCCACAUAACUACCCUGGUUCAGGGUCCUCGGGGAGGCAGUUGUACCUCAGCUUAGAGCAACUUAAAUUAAUCAAGCCCCAGGACAGGCACAUGUGUGCAUUCAUGGUGGAUUGGUCCCUGAAGGCUCCUUUGGGUGAGGAUGGUGAACUGGGCACCCUGUAGGCAGAAUGUUCUGUUCAGGACAUAGCUGCCCAGCAGCUUCUAUGGGGUGAGGGAGGCUUGCAGUUGAUGUGUUCUGGCCACGCAGCCCCCCUGAGGACUGCCUUCUGCACUGAUCCAGUGAAGGGGGCUGCAUUGGAACCCUCCCCAGAGGCUGUAUUUCCUAUCAAUAUAAGGUCUGUUUACUAAAAAGGGAGGUGGGUUUUCAUUCCAGUUUGAUGAACCUCCUCUCUUCCUAGAUUACUUUGUUGUCUUCAUAUCUUUGUUUUCUUCCUUUCUCUUGAGAGAUGUGUAGGGUUUGUGCCUUAUAAAUGGAAAUGUACGAACUUAAUACACUUAAUACAUGGCCUUGUGGAAUUUUCAGUUUGGGGUUAUAGGGAUAAGAAAAAAAGAAUUAAUUGCCUUCCAAACCAUGGAUGAAAAAACUUAUGAAUAUCAGAAUUGCUUAUCCAUCAGAAGACUCUUUCAACCUGUAUUUUGGAGGGAAAAAUUCAACUGAGCCUUUCCUGUAAUCUUUAUAUCAAGAAAGCGUAUGUCAGGACCUCCCUGGCAGUCCAGCGGUUAAGACUCCCCGCUUCCACUGCAGGGGGUGCGGGUUCGAUCCCUGGCCGGGGAACUAAGAUCCUGCAUGCCAUGGGGUGGCCAAAAAAAAAAAAAAAAGCAAGCAUAUGUCUUGUCAGUUAUGUUGUUUUCCUAGAUGGAUUUCUCCUGGGAAUCCUCAAAUACCUGAACUUCUGUGCUACCCAAGUGUCUUACACGAGCUUCUGGCAUCCAGGCCAAAUUCA